AUGUCCCGCAUCCCCCAGCCAUCCUCCCCUCGCACGCCGAGUAAACCUACACACUCGCCUACAUCAUUACUCUCACCUGGUACACCCCGAACCCGCACGCAGUCCACGGUCACAUCGAGCUCCAGGCCGACAACGACACCGCUGAGGACGCAGCGGAGCUUGAAGACUCUCAAGCCAACGUCCAAGUCUCCAGCGCCUCCAAAAUCGCCAGUUCCACGUAGAGCAAUGCCGGCGAAAGCUGAAUCUCCUGAGCCAUCAAGGCCUCAGCUUAGCAUCCGUGAACAGAUUGCCCUCAGGCGCGCCGAAGCAAAGAAGGCACAGACGGGACCGGCCGAAGGAAACGAUGGAUUGGACUUUGUGGGAUUCGAGGAAGCUCUUCCUGGAAACACUGAGGAUGAGGUCGGUCGCUGGUCAGUGAAGGAAUCUAUCGAGCGUGCUCGGAGCUCAGGCACCCUCAACUUGAUAUCGCGUGCCCUUCCUUGCCUACCAUCCGCUCUGUUUGAGAUUCACUUGGGCAUCAAGUCUGAACCCCUGAAGUCUGUCCCGCAAGAACCACCUAUCUCUACGUCGACCACGGACGAGAUCUCAGCCGGUCGUCGCAGAGGAGGUCAAUCCAACGCCCCGUCUUGGUACGAAGCACAGGACUUGCAGGUGCUGAAAGCAUGGUCCAACGAGAUCGUCGAGAUUCAACCGGAAAUAUCUAUGUUUGGCUCGCUGAAAACAGUGGAUCUCCAUAACAACAAACUUGUCAGCUUACCAGAUAGCUUCGCUGAUCUGACCGCGCUGGUUAUCCUGGAUCUCUCGCACAAUGCGCUUACGUCCCUGCCUGUCAAUCUCUUUGUCCUUCCCAAUCUCACAACCCUCAACCUGUCACACAACUCCCUCACAUCUCUACCCUUCCGUGCACCACUCGACACUCAAGGCUCUAAUACGCUCAGCCGAACGCGAGACGCCCGCGGUGACUGGUUUUCGCAGAGUAUAACUCGAGCGACAGCCCCUCUUCCACGGCUGACGAUGCUCAAUGCAUCGCAUAAUCAUCUGGCCGCCCUGUCUAUCCAGUGCGCGGGUCUUCCUUCGCAAAUCAACAAACUCGACCUGUCCGCUAACCCACUAGGUCCGUCUACGGAGCUCUUUCUGGCUCUCGCCCGUCUGGAGCGUCUACGCGAACUUCUCUUGGAGCGCGCAGAGAUCGGAGAUGAUUCCUUCCCUGCCGACAUUCUGUCGUCGCUAUCUCCCUCAGCAACGUUCCCGGUUCUGAAAGUACUUGACCUUGGCGAGACGCACGUCACGCGGGUCCUGCGUGUCGUGAUUGGCAAGAAGGUCAUCAGAGAGGCAUGGGAGAUUGAAGCGGAGCGGAGAGCGAAGACAAAGGCUGCCCGAUACGGUGGGGCCGGAGUAGAGGAGGGCUUAAACAUCGGUGGUCGUGCGUCUCGCAACGGGACGCAGAAGCAGGAAGUGGUGCAGGAGGCAUGGGAGAUUGAGGCAGAACAGGGACUGUUGACAGAAGGCGCAAAGAGACGGGCCAGAGCGGCGGCGGCGGCGGCGCGGACCUCUAGCCCGCCUGCAUCGUCUGCAUCUUCACCUACCCCAACUUCACCACGCAAGAACCAGGUCGUGCAAAAGGAGCCAUGGGAGAUAGAGGCAGAACAAGGUCUUCUGACCGAAGGUGCGAAACGACGGGCACGAGCUCAGGCUGCAGCUGCAGCUGCAGCUAGUACCAACGAGUCUUCGCGUGCGCAGGCCGCUUCUCCAGCAUUGUCAGAAGCUCGCUCAUCACCUUCGCCUUCGCCCAACACUGCCCACGCACGUUCCAUCUCUCUGGCCGUGUCUUCCUGGGGCGACCCGAGGCGAGGAGGGGCGUCCUCAGGCGGUUCGGAUCUUGCUCUAGCCAUCCCGACAGCCGCGCUGCCCCUUGCGGCGAUCGCCGCCCAGCCAUUGGCGCAGACCCUCAGAGUGCUCAACCUUGUCAACCGGCGGAAGGAUCCAUCCUUCAGCUUGUCCGCUGACGACGGUCCGUUCCUCCCCUGCCUCGAGGAGCUGAGCCUCCAAGGAUGUAGUCUCCCCGACUCGGUCCCUGUCUCGCAUGUGGCGAAUGGUGACGAGUACUCUUCGCUUCGCAGGAACGAGCCUCUGCUGUCCCUUCUGGCGAAGCUGUUCCCUAGCAUGCGGACGCUCGACCUGUCAUACAAUACCCUGAGUUCCGCUGCGCUGACAAAGGAUGCCCUGACGCAUCUCAUCCUCGCCGCUCCAUCUGAGGAAAUAGGGAAUCCUCGUAAAGGCCUGCGGCACCUCCGACUUCGCGGAAAUCGGAUUACGGAAUUGGAUGGCUUCCAAGGUCUCGCUGAGAUGUUCAAGGGGAACCGAGAUGUGCCGCAGUGGAGGCUCGAGGAACUGGAUCUGCGGGACAACGAGAUAGGAAAAAUCCCGCCAGAGUUGGGACUGCUGUCGCUCGACGUGUUCUUAGUGGACGGCAACGUUUUCAGGGUACCUCAGAGGAGAGUCUGGGAAAGGGAAGGGACCAAGGGACUACUCAGCUGGCUGAGAGGAAGAAUCGAGUAG